AUGUCACUCCACAAGGUACUUCAAAACCUAAGAACCCUCAAAAAAUGGCAAAUCCUAAAUCCCCGUCUUCACCCUAGAGCAAAAAUUGCAGACACCAUUAUCAAUACAGUGCUAAGCCCCAUAGUCAUUGCACCCUCUACUCUUCUCUCCAACCUCACUCCCAAUUUGAUUCUCCUUAUUUUAUCUGACCCACAUAUCAACACACCUAAAUGCCUCGACUUCUUCAAUUUCCUUUUGCUUAAUCAAUCUUUCAUUACUUUCAAGAUUGGUGUUGAAACCCACUUGACACUUGUUUGCAGGCUUGUCAAAGAAGGAUACUUUGAAGAUGCUGAGACCCUUUUAGUUUUAGUCCCAAAUAUUGAAACUUUCAGGUGCCCUUUUGCUGUUAUAGCUUCUUUCUUUGAGAAUCACAAUGCUCCAUCAAAGUUUGCUUCGAAAAUAUUCAAUUUGCUUCUUAAAGCUUUAUCUGAUAACGGAAAAUUCAACGAGGCUUUAGAGAUUUUCAUGUAUAUGAAACUAAAUGCAAUUGAGAUUAAUGAGAGAACAUGUACUGUUCAUUUGAUUAAUCUUUUGAAGUGUGAUCAGAUCGCGUUAGCGCUGGUAUUCUUUUAUCAAAUGGUUGAAUCAGGUAUUCAGGUUUCAGUAUUUUCGUUGACGGUCGUGGUAGAUGGAUUGUGUAAGAGUGGGGAGAUAAAGAAGGCUAGAGAAUUGGUGGAGGAAAUGUUGUCUAAAGGGGUGAAGCCUAAUAUUAUUACAUGUAAUACCUUGGUGGAUGCUUGUGCUAGGAGAUGGAAUUUCGAAGAAAUGAACAACAUUUUGGCCUUGAUGAAAAGGGAACAAGUCGAUUUAAAUGUUGAGACUUACAAAUUUUUGGUGGAUGGAUUUUUGAGUAGUGGGAAGAUUGAUGAUGCAGAGAGAUUGAUUUUGGAAAUGUAUGUCAAGGGUUUUAAAGUGGAUAUCCAUUUGUAUAAUUUGAUGAUUAAGGGAUAUUGCAGGCUAGGGAAUAUGGAAAGGGCACUUUCAUUGUUCAGGCAGAUGAUUGAGAAAGACAUCUGCCCUAAUUGUGAUACAUAUUCAGUUUUGGUAAAAGGACUUUGUGAUAAAGGACAGGUAAGUGCAGCAAAAGAGCUCGUAGAUAAAAUGCUGGGCCAGGGAAUUGAGUUGGAUGGAAGUAUGUUCGACAUCUUAAUUCACUGUUACUUCAAGGCUGGAAUGAUUGAGGAAGCUGUUAGCGUACUUGCAUUGAUGGAGAAGAGAGAAUUCAUUGCUGAUACGUUUGUGUAUGAGCUGAUAAUUGAUGGAUUACUCAAGUUAGAUCGGACUGAAAAGGCAAUAUCUUGGUUAACACCUUUAAUCAAAAGGGGUGUAUCUAGGCAGAAGUUAGCUACUAUUCCACUGGUCGAUUAUUUAAGAAAUUCAGUUUCUGAAAAGUUGGUUCACAAACGCAAAGAAAAUGAGAACAGCUUUAAAACAACCUUUUACUCUGAUACGAUUAGUUUACAGCACGAGGAUGCACAUUCUGCUGAAAUGACUAACAUUUCAGCAGUAAUAAACGAGUAUAUAAAGUAAAAUGCUGCUUAACUUGUUGUUCAGAGAAGGAGGAGACAUGCAUCCUAACUGAAAAGAACCCAUGAUGAUGUGGCACUGAAGGAAAGUUUUGAGGACGUUGGUUGCCUUGUGUGUCAAGGGGUGCGGGUUUUGUCAUGAUAGUGCUGGAUUUUUGGACGAGAAAACAGGCUGGGAAAUGAUGUGGGUUGUCAACUAUCACCUUGGGAGGUAUUUUCCUUCGUCAACCAUAUACAGAGAAGCUUUCAUUUCUUUGAUGCAAGAUUGAAUAAAUUUUAAUUCUUUUUAAAUGGAGAUUUGGAUGGGAAAAAACAGUCAUUAUUUUUAAGAAGAAGACACAAUACGAAGGGCUAUAACACGGGAUAUACCAUACUCAAAAUGUGUCAAAAAUUCAGUUGUGUAUGUUCCAAUUUGUUUAGUGUAUCUGACAGACUGCCAGUGUGUUGUAAAAAAAAACCUGAUUAU